CACAACUCGGGCGGGGUGUUUGGGCCCCGUGAUUCGUGCUGUCACGAUCUCCGUUCGCGGAUCCCGGUUCGGGACAUUAUCGCGGAAUUCACGGGAUUCAUCGUCAUCACCGGGCCUCGAUGAAAAUGAAGCGGAUGAAGAGCGAUGUGAUCAGCGCGACAAUCGAGUCUUACCUGAAACGGCGUCAUUAUCAGACCCACGAUUAUCGCAAGGGCGAUCAGUUGUUCUGUCAGAACAGCGAUCAGACGACUUUGAAUGCGACCGCGGAGUGCGGCACCUCGCAGGACAAUUCGAUCGUUUUCAGUGCCAUCACCAUUGAUAUCAUUGCGGCAGAUCAGGCAUAUCAGCGAUUGAAGAAAUGGAUGAGCGUCGCACUCAACGAAAAAUUACGAAUAGAGUUACAAGGACUUUUGUAUCCGAUUUUUUGCCAUCUUUAUUUAGAGAUGUUACACGCUGGUAGUCGUCAAGCUGCAAUCCAAUUCCUAAAGACGUAUCAGAACGAGUUUAUGAGUGAUACGGAGAAAGACUUCUUAGAAGAAUUAUCUAGCGUAUUUUCGGUGCAAGAUAUUGAGUUGAGGCCUUUGGUAAAUGCGUUCAGAACUAGAAAGUAUAAAGUAGAUCUAUCUGAAUCGGCACAUAUUUGUCUGAGACAAUAUCUUACCAAAUAUGGACACAUAAUAUUAUUGCAGAUUAUAAAUACACACAUCACAAUAAUUAGAAAAGCAGAUAGCCCUCAAAUGGAUGGAGAAGUAUUGGAAGAAAGAAGUCAAAGAUAUGAAGCAAGUAUUAACGGCCACGUGGAACAACCUUCUGGUACCGGUAUAGAUCGUGAAAUGAGAGAAUUGCAGGAAGCUAUACGAUUGAUACAGCAUAAUUCUCAUCAAGCAUUAAGAUUGUUUACAGUGAAGAAUGCUAUAGAAAAUGCAAGUUGCGGUCUUAUUGCACCUAAAAUGGACAAGUUGGCUGUAGGUUUUAGUACAGCUGAAAUACGUUUGUGGGCUAUAGGAGAUACAGUUUUGGUCAAGAAAAAUGAUAAACAGUGUGUUCCGUCUACCUGUGAUAUAUCACCAUUUUAUAAAUUCAAUGAGCAAGAAAGCACAAUAAGAAGCGAAGCAGGGGCAAUAGUAUUAAGAGGACAUACAGAUGUAGUACACGAUUUAAGAUUUAUUCCAGAGGUAGAUAUUCUUCUUUCUGUAUCGAGCGACAAAGAUAUGAGAGCAUGGAAACUCAACAAUUACUCAUGUACAGCAAUAUAUAGCGGUCAUAGCUAUCCUAUAUGGUGCAUGGAUACCAGUGUGUUCAAUUUAUAUAUCGCCACAGGCUCACACGACAGAACUGCAAAAUUAUGGUCAUUGGAUAGAACAUUUCCCUUGAGAAUAUUUGCUGGUCAUUUUUUAGAUGUCAAUUGCAUAAAAUUUCAUCCAAACGCAAGAUACUUAGCAACCGGUUCCGCUGAUAAAACUGUAAGAUUAUGGUCAAAAGACGAUGGUAAUCUAUUGCGAGUAUAUGUUGGAGCGCAAUCGACUAUUUAUACUUUAGCUUUUAGUCCAGAUGGCAAAUAUCUGGCUGCUGCAGGUGAUGACAAGUCCAUAUUUAUAUGGGAUUUAGCAACUAAUGGUUUACUGACUGAACUGAAAGGUCAUAAAGAUACAAUCAUGAAUGUAGAUUGGAGUUUAGAUAAUCAAUAUAUUGCCAGUGCAAGCUUAGAUGGAAUCGUACGAUUGUGGUCUACUCAAGAUUUUAUCAAAACAUUAAAUGGAGGAUCGUCAAGUAUUAUGUUGCAGUCAGAAGCGCCACAAAUUUAUUCAACAUAUUGCUCAAGCAUUCUCUCAUUGAAUUAUUACAAGAAAAGCAAUUCGUUGAUUUGUAUCGGUACUAAGUAA